AUGUCCAGACAGUCCACUAUCACCUUCCAGACCAGCAGCCGCAGGGGUUUCAGCACAGCCUCAGCCACCACCCCAGCCACUGGCCGCUCUCGCUUCAGCUCCGUCUCCGUGACCCACUCCCCGGGGGGCAGCGGAGGAUUGGGAAGGAUCAGCGGCUUUGGCAGCCGUAGCCUCCACAACCUGGGGGGAACCAAGCGGGUCUCCAUCAGUGGGUGUGGCAGCAACUUCCGAAGUGGCUUUGGUGGCAGGGCGAGCAGCGGGUUUGGGGUCAGCAGUGGAUUCGGCUAUGGGGGUGGAAUUGGAGGGGGCCACGGGGGUUGCAGCUUCGCCAUCUGUCCCCCUGGAGGCAUCCAAGAAGUCACCAUCAACCAGAGUCUCCUGACUCCCCUCAACCUGCAAAUCGACCCCAGCAUCCAACGGGUGCGGAAAGAAGAGCGAGAGCAGAUCAAGACCCUCAACAACAAGUUCGCCUCCUUCAUCGACAAGGUGCGGUUCUUGGAGCAGCAGAACAAGGUCCUGGAGACCAAGUGGAGCCUCCUGCAGGAGCAGGGUACCAGGAUUGUGAGGCAGAGCCUGGAGCCCUUCUUCGAUGCCUACAUCACCGACCUCCGGCGGCAGUUGGACAGCAUCACCACCGAGCGAGGCAGGCUGGAUGCUGAGCUGAGAACCAUGCAGGAUGUUGUGGAGGAUUUCAAAGUCAGGUAUGAGGACGAAAUUAACAAGCGCACAGCUGCUGAGAAUGAGUUUGUGGCUCUAAAGAAGGAUGUGGAUGCUGCCUACUUGAACAAGGUGGACCUGGAGGCCAAGGCCAACUCUCUGACCGAUGAGAUCAACUUCCUCCAAAUGUUCUUUGAGGCAGAAUUGUGUCAGAUGCAGACACGGGUCAGCGACACAUCCGUGGUCCUGUCCAUGGACAACAACCGCAGCCUGGACCUGGACAGCAUCAUUGCCGAGGUCAAAGCUCAGUACGAGGAGAUCGCCAACCGCAGCCGGGCUGAGGCUGAGUCCUGGUACCAGACCAAGUAUGAGGAGCUCCAGGUCACAGCUGGCCGGCACGGCGAUGAUCUCCGCAACACCAAACAAGAGAUCUCCGAGACGAAUCGGAUGAUCCAGAGGCUGAGAGCUGAGAUCGACAACGUCAAGAAGCAGUGUGCCAGCCUGCAAACAGCCAUUGCCGAUGCAGAACAGCGUGGGGAGCUGGCCCUCAAGGAUGCACGGGCCAAGCUGGUGGACCUGGAGGAGGCCCUGCAAAAGUCCAAGCAGGACAUGGCCCGGCUGCUGCGCGAGUACCAAGAGCUCAUGAACAUCAAACUGGCCCUGGACGUGGAGAUUGCCACCUAUAGGAAGCUGCUGGAGGGCGAGGAGUGCAGGCUGAGUGGAGAGGGCGUUUCUCCAGUUAAUAUCUCUGUGGUCACCUCCACCGUCUCCAGUGGCUACGGAGGUGGCAGCGGUAUUGGCAGUGGAAGCCUGGGCCUCGGUGGGGGCAGCGGCUACUCCUUCACGACCAGUGGUGGGCACAGCCUGGGCGGCUCCAGCUUCAGCAGCAGCAGCAACCGGGGCCUCGGGGGCAGCAGCUCCAGCGUCAAGUUUGUCUCCACCACGUCCUCCAGCCGGAAGAGCUACAAGCACUGA